AUGUCUGCCCAGAAGGAGGUGUUGCACAUCCGCGCCGAGGUCAAGCCGCAGGAGGAGCGCACGGCCAUCACGCCCGAGAACGCCAAGAAGCUGAUCGACUCGGGCCGCUACGCGCUCCACGUCGAGCGCAGUCCCGAGCGCAUCUACAAGGAUGACGAAUAUCAGCAGGCCGGGUGCACCCUUGUUGAAACGGGCAGCUGGCCCAAGGCCGACCCCUCGGCCUUCAUCGUGGGCCUCAAGGAGCUCCCCGAGGAAGGGAGCAAGAGCGAGGGCGAUAACCACGCGUGCGCCGAGGUGGCGGCCUUCCUGCUGGCGUGCGAGUUCGUGGCUCUCCUGCUCAACCUCGCCGUCACCUUCCCGAACGACUACGACGUGCUGACGGGGAUCACCGAAUCGGCGCUCUUUCUGCUGCUGGCCCGGUUCAUGGCCGAGGCCUGGGGCGGAGACGCGCGGCUGACUGUCCUCUCCCUCCCGAUCCUCCUCUUCCGGCUGCUCAACGUCGCCUCCCUGCUCCGACCCGCCGUCACCUCCCUCCUCGCCCCCAAGCAGAAAACCACCUAA